AUGCGCUUCUUCGGUGUCCCUCUUUUUGUGCUCGCGACUGGAGUUGCUGCGCUGCCGCCAAGCGCUGGCGGUGUAGGUAACGCCAAUGGUGUUGCAAAUAAGGGCAAUGUCGCUACGCGCUUCCCUGUCCCCGAAAGCAUGACGGUGAAGCAGGCGCAGGCCAAGUGUGGUGACCAGGCACAGCUCUCCUGCUGUAACAAGGCAACCUGGGCGGGCGAUACCACCGACGUCAACGAUGGUAUACUGGCUGGCACUCUGAGUCACCUCGUCGGGACCGGCUCUGGGGCUAAUGGCCUUGGUCUCUUCGACGAGUGCUCUCAACUUGACGUACAACUUCCUCUUCUUGUCGGCCUCGCAGCUAUCCAAGACCUAGUCAAGAAGGAGUGUCAGCAGAACAUCGCUUGCUGCCAGAACUCCCCCUCGAGUGCGAAUGGAAACUUGAUUGGCUUAGGACUGCCUUGUGUGGCUCUCGGAGCCUUGAUCUAA